AUGAGAUUCCUCGCCUUUUUGGCCAUUGCCGGCCUGGGGCAGGCCAUCGCAGACACAAACGAUACCAGCAGCUUCACAGAUCACAAUGAUGCUGAUCAACAAAUCAUCCUGGACGGGGACCAUUCUGUCUCUAAAGACCGUCCCAACAUCAUCUUCAUCCUCGUCGACGACCAAGACCUCCAAAUGGACUCCCUCAACUACACCCCCCGCACGAUGCACCACAUCGCCGACCAGGGCGCUACCUAUCGGAACCACUUCGUGACCACAGCCCUGUGCUGUCCCUCGCGCGUCAGUCUCUGGACUGGCAAACAAGCGCAUAACACCAACGUUACGGAGAUUUAUCCUCCCUACGGUGGAUACCCUAAAUUCGUCGCCGAAGGCCACAACGACAAUUGGCUCCCCCUGUGGCUGCAAGAUGGGGGGUAUGAUACGUACUACACUGGGAAGCUGUUUAACGCGCACACCGUGGAUAACUACCACUCCCCUUUUGCCACGGGCUUCAAUGCCUCAGACUUUGUUCUCGACCCGUAUACGUAUCAGUACCUCCGCCCGGUGUACCAACGCAACCACGAUUCCCCCCGCAGCUACGAAGGCCAACACACCGUGGACGUUCUCGCCGAGAAAACCCUCGGCUUCCUCGACGACGCCUUGGCGAGUGAUACUGAUCGCCCAUUCUUCCUCGCCGUCGCCCCCGUGGCACCCCACUCGAACCUCGAAAUGGGCGAUGAAAACGAUACUACCACGUUUCGCUUCUCGGCUCCGAUCCCGGCCACACGCCAUCAACAUCUCUUCCCGGAUGCCAUAGUGCCUCGUACUCCGCACUUCAACCCCGAUCACCCCUCCGGCGUGAGCUGGAUUAGGACCCUCCCGCGACAAAACGAGAGUAGUAUCGCCUACAACGAUGAAUUCUAUCGGAAUCGUCUCCGUGCGUUGCAGGCCGUGGAUGAACUCGUCGAAGAUAUUGUACAGCGCUUAGAGGACGCGGAUGCUCUGCAGAAUACCUAUCUCUUUUAUACGUCGGAUAAUGGCUACCAUAUUGGCCAACAUCGCCUCCAUCCGGGCAAGGAAUGUGGAUUCGAAGAGGAUAUUUGCGUUCCGAUGUUUGUGCGGGGUCCGGGGAUUUCUCCCGGGAUGGAGGUGACCUCUGUGACGACGCAUAUUGAUCUGGCUCCGACGAUUUUUCGGAUCGCGGGUCUGCCGCUGAAGGAGGAGUUUGAUGGGUUGGCGAUUCCGUUGACGGAGACUGACAUCCAGCAAGACGAACUCUCUCGCCAUGAACAUGUCAAUGUGGAAUACUGGGGUAAGGCGGGCUUCGAGGGCGUGUUUGGGCAAGCGCCGGACGGCGGCCCCACCACCUUCUACAACAACACCUACAAAGCCCUCCGCCUGAUCAGCCCCGAUUUCAACCUCUAUUACUCCGUCUGGUGUAGUCAUGAACAUCAACUGUAUGAUCUUACGAGAGACCCCUACCAACUCCAUAACCUCUAUCCCGCCCCUAAUACCAUCCCCACUACUGAUUUAAAUGCAACAAGCUAUAUCGGCCCCUACCCCAUCUCCCACAUCAUAUCUCGUCUCGACGCCCUCCUCCUCGUCCUCAAAUCCUGUCAGGGGAGUACCUGCAUCUAUCCCUGGAAGGAACUGCAUCCCGCCGGGGAUGUACAUUCCCUGCGUGAUGCCUUAGAGGGGAGAUUUGAUCAUUUCUAUGCAGACCAGGUGAAGGUCCAGUUCGGAUGGUGCGAGUUGGGGUAUUUGCUCGAGGCGGAGGGGGUACAAUAUCCCUUGGUCUAUGGGGGUGGAAAUGGGGAUGGGUUGGGGUGGAGUGAGUGGGUAUAG